UGUGACGGGAGAAAAACACGGCGCCAGCGGACUCAGGCCAACGGUCACUCGCGAGACAGCGGAGCGCGGGAUAGUGAGGCUGUGCGUCUCGAGACCAAUAUUGAGACCCACAGAGAGGGGGUUGGCUGGGGGAGGGGGGCGCGAAAGGCCCGAGACUGCUGGGGGUGAUUUGAAAGCAGUCUUUUUUUGGCGGGGUUGUCUUUGAAGAAGAUCCCGUUGGGGUUUGGGAACCACCUCCACUCUUUGCACCUCCACAUCACUUUGCCUUGUUGAGCUGAUGAUCCGAAAGCUGUGUUCAGGGUCCGGUCUGGGGCUGGGCGGUCGCUUCGGGGGUGUUCGCCUCUCCAGGCGGUUCGUCUUCCUGAUCCUGCUCAGUGCCUUGGUCACUGUGUGUUUCGGGGCCAUCUUCUUUCUACCGGACUCCGUUCGCCUCCGUCGCUUCUUCUUGUUGCCCUCCGAGCCGCAGCGUACAGACAGUGCAGGGAGCGGACUCGGACUGGCAGUGGGAGCGGGGUCGGGGGCCGCGGGGGGCUCGCGGUAUAGGCAGACAGAAACGCACGUUGGUUCCGCUCGGCGAAGACAGAACGACCGAUUCGGUAAAGAGUCGGUGUCGGCGCAGAUCCGCCAGGAGGUAACGGAAAGAGAGCAUAGCUUUCGGGAUUCCGAGAACGGGGUGGAGGUGCUGGACGCCAGCGACAUCCGCUAUCAGCCACUGCUGGAGGAAGGAACACAGCAAGCAGAUCAAGACGUGAGGAGCCACCGGGAGAAAGUCAAAGAGAUGAUGAAGUUUGCUUGGGACAACUACAGACGAUAUGCAUGGGGGUCAAAUGAGCUCAAACCAUUGUCGAAGAGUGGACACACAAGUGGCUUGUUUGGAGGGCUUCUGGGAGCUACAAUUGUGGACUCUUUGGACACACUCUACAUUAUGGGUCUUCAGGAAGAGUUUACAGAAGCCAGAGAAUGGGUGGAAAACAACUUGGACUUUAAUGUGAAUGGAGAAGUGUCUGUCUUUGAGGUAACCAUACGUUUUGUUGGUGGGCUGCUGUCAGCAUAUUACUUAACAGGUGAUGAGUUAUUCAAGAUGAAAGCAAUUGAAUUGGGAGAGAAGCUAUUACCAGCAUUUAACACCCCAACAGGCAUCCCCUGGGCCUUGAUAAACCUCCGUAGUGGAGUUGGCCGAAACUGGGGCUGGGCCUCAGGAGGAAGUAGUAUUCUGGCAGAGCUUGGCACCUUACACCUCGAGUUCGUGCACCUGAGUGAGGUGUCAGGCAAUCCAAAGUUUGCUGAGAAGGUGAUGAAAAUCCGUAAAGUUCUGAAUCGGCUAGAAAAACCUCAUGGGCUUUACCCCAACUAUCUAAGUCCUGUUACUGGUCACUGGGGACAGCAUCAUGUUUCCAUUGGUGGACUUGGGGACAGCUUCUAUGAAUAUUUGAUCAAAACCUGGCUUAUGUCUGACAAAACUGACGAGGAGGCCAAAACCAUGUAUUAUGAGGCUUUACAGGCUAUAGAGACAAAUCUAGUGAGAAAAUCUGCCAGUGGUUUGACCUAUAUUGCAGAAUGGAGGGGUGGAAUACUAGACCAUAAGAUGGGUCACCUAGCCUGUUUUUCUGGAGGGAUGCUAGCAAUGGGAGCUGAUGAUGCACCAGCAGAUUUGUCUAAACAUUACAUGGAGUUAGCAGCAGAAAUCACCGUCACCUGCCAUGAGUCAUACAGACGUUCAGCGACAAGACUUGGUCCUGAAGCAUUUCGCUUUGAUGGUGGUGCAGAUGCUGUUGCUACAAGAAUGAAUGAUAAGUAUUACAUUCUGCGACCUGAAGUGGUUGAAACCUACAUGCACAUGUGGAGAUUUACCCAUGACCCCAGAUAUAGAGAAUGGGGCUGGGAGGCAGUGCAGGCUCUGGAGCAGUACUGUCGAGUAGAUGCAGGAUUUUCUGGGCUAAGAGAUGUGUACAGCACCUUGCCACAUCAUGAUGAUGUCCAGCAGAGCUUUUUUCUUGCAGAGACAUUAAAGUACCUUUAUGUGCUGUUCUCUGAAGAUGAACUGCUGUCUCCAGAACACUGGGUAUUCAACACAGAGGCCCAUCCUCUGCCUAUAAUACAAAGGAACUCACAAGAACAAGUGAUCACAAAUGAUCAGUAAACAAAUAUACCCUGAAGAACGGUUAACCUUUAUCAGUCUUUUGGGUUGAGAUGCAUUUCCUUUCCAGUAAAGGACAUUUAUCGAUUUAGAUAGAAAUGGGUUAAGAGUCAGCAGUGUAAUCGAUGUGUUGUGGUGUUUGAUCUGCUCUGGACACAUUGAUUUCCUCUGUGAGGAGAUGAGUGGCCCUAUUGGCUGCUUGUCAGGGGCCACGCUGAAAGUAAAGUCUCAAAUAUAUUACUUUUCCACAAGGCUUGAAUGAGGGAGAAUGCAAGGAUCAAUUUGACUCUUCUUUCUGACCAAAGGAUUAAAAUUUUAUAAGUGUAAAGGCUGUUAAUUUACUUUCCUCUCACUUUAUAAAAGAACUUGUGUUAAGCAAAGUAAGUGCAUAUUCAGUUCUUUAUAUUUGUAAUUAAACUAGCAUCUUCUGGUACUAUGACCAAAUAUUGCAUUGACAUCAUGAUCUGGUGAUUCUGAGGUUCCAUUACUCAUUGACUAGGCCUUUCAUUUUCUCUGUUGGGUCGCUGAUUGGUGUAUUUGUAUAAAAUGUUUCUAUGUGGUACCUUAACAUGUUUGUUAAUUAUUUAUCUUAAAUAAAUUAACAAAUAUGCUAAAUAAUGAAGAUAAGAAUAUAACUAAAUUAGUCAAGUGUUUGAAGAAAGAAUAUAAGAAAUGAAAUAUUACCAACUUGAAAUUCACCUUGAGUAGUAGCAGUUUUGUCUUGCCGUUUACAUUCUGUCCACUUUACACUAGAACCCAAGGCAAAUUUCACAAUUUAAAUGUUAUUUUUCAUUUUUCACAUCGAAUACUUUUUAAUCAAUACAAUCUGAAUCAAAAUAUCCUGAAGUAUUGGUAGUAAAAUGGGGCACUGCCAGCAGCAUGAAGUGGACACUUAGUAAAUUGGCAGCUAAAGCUUCAUCUCUCCUGAUAUUCUUUACACUAAGGUACACAGAACAAGAGUUCAGACACUUUUUUGGAGAUUGAUUUUCAUAUCCCACUUGGUUUUUACUUGAUUUGGAAUUCAAAAGCUUUGCAAUAUUUUCCAAGUUAACAGAAAAUUUGAAACUGGCGCAAUGAAAAAUAUCAUCUGUGAAUUUGCUGCAAAUCAUUUUUUGCACUGUUGGCAUACACCAGUUUCACCCCCAUUUUGUUUUACUUCAGUUUUAUUUGAUAAUUAUGGUCAAGAAGAAAAUCAUUUUGGUGCUAAUUUGAUGUCAAUCAAACUUUACCAGAUAACCAUGUAACUUCUAAUCAAAGGUAUCUAUCAUAGGCAUAACUGAGGUGCAAUAUACACUUACAUCAAUCUGUUACAUAUUUACAUUCAUUCUGUCUCAUUUACAAUUUUAUGUAUGCAAUUAUGGCACUUAUUUUAUUGAUUAUUUUACAUUGUUCUUAUCAAGUCAUACAUUUAUACUGUUUGGGCCUAAGCUCAGUUAAACAUUCAAUUAUAUUGAAUUUAUACAAUUUGAUUCCAAUGUAAGUUAGAACAAUUGCAAACAUGAAAAUGACAGCCAGAAAAAGACUCAUGGGUGUAUUAUAGCUUGUACCCCACAUUAUGCAUCACAAUACAUUCACUUCACACCAACUCAGUGCCAUGUGUCCUUGGAGAGGUAAAAGCAAAACUAAAACCCCAAGCCUAUCAUGAAAAUUUUCUCUCUGAGCCCCUUAAAGCAAUCAAAAUUAGUCCAGGACAUCACAUUGUCCUGAACUACAUUAUACCAUAGUCUGCCUUUUGUUUAAUUAUUCUGAUUAAGUAAUUACAUGGCUCAAACAAAGAACUCUUAGUUGAUUGGGCCUGUGUUUGUGCUUAUUUAAGUACAUAACUUUUGUAUCAUUUUAUGUUCUUACUAUUCAAAUGCAUUUCAAAAUCCAUUUUAAAUGAUGCCUGAGUCAACAUACAUAAAUCAUUGCCUCUUCUAAUAAUAACUGUGAAAAAUACUUACCACUUGCCCUUCUAUUGGUAAUUUUGAGUCCAAGUCCCUUGCAACUAGUUCACAAUGAGUGAAAGCAAACUUUUAUUACUCUGUAAUGUUCAUAAUUUUGAAAACCUUCUUCAGAUCUGCCAAUUAAGUUUCCCCUUCUAGUGAAAAAAAUGACCUUUUCUCAUGACAUUCUUUUAUAUAAGUUCUCAUUCCAAGUGACAUUCAAGUAAGCCUCCAUUGUUUCUUUCCAUGACUCACCCUUCCACUAAAGAAAAGUCCAUACCACACUCUGUACUUUAACUAUACCCUUACCAGUGUUUUGAAAAACUGCAACAUUAUUUCAGUUUUUAUAUUUAGUAUUGCUCUGUGCAAAACCCCAAAAUCUUUUAUUGGGAUGUAUUGGAGGGUGUAAUGAUAGAUAUGCAUUCCUUUAUUUUAGGAGGUGAGAGGAUGCCUAGUUUUUAGCUGUGUAUAAUGAAGGGCAUACAUAGUAUACUCACCUGGGUCAUGUUUCUAAAAGCACAAAUUAGUAAGUCAUGCAAGGUUAAGAUGACAUGGCCCAGUUAUAUUUUGGCAAAUCCUUUAAGUGUAUAUGGCGGCUGCUAUAACAGCUUUAUUUGGACUAAUUGCUAUUAUAUUAAUAGUGAUUCAGUGUGAUUUCAAAAAUUUCAGAAAUUAUCGUCAGUGGUCUUUGUGGACAAAUAUAUCAUUAUAAUGGCCAUACAUAGGAAUAUAAUUAACACCAAUUUCUCUACACUCAUGAAGUAAGAGGUAAAUUUAUUAUGUAGUUAAAAGUCUAUCUGAACAUACCUGAUUCAUUUUAUAGAUUUGGGUCCAGAUUAUUGUUUGUAUUCUCCCAUUUCAAGCAGUAUAUAUGGCAUUUGUAUCAUAACCUAUUAAAAAUCUUGCAAUAUGGUAUCAUUUCCAGUCAAAAUUUGUUCCUGCAGUGCUUUCCUUAUCACACCUGAGCUUACUCAAAGACUCCCUAAAACAAAGAUAAAUUAAUAUGUAAGAAAUCUACACCAAACUAAUUGCUAGACAAUGCACUAAAUAGUGUCAAACAUUUAAAUUUCAUUAAGAGGAUAUUCUCACAAUAUUCUUAUGAUACAAAUGGAGGUGUAUAUGUUCACUUUUAGAAUUUGCAAUAAUGCACUGAUCUUUUCAACAUUUGCCUAAGUUUCUUUGUUCCUCUAUUAUGUCGAGAAUGUUACCAUCAUAAGGGGUAAUGCGUAUCACUUUUCUGCAAAAAUGUACGUUUUCAUAGUUCACUCCAUUAAACUGUAGCUGCCAUCUAUCUGUCUACUCCCCAGUCAUAGGGAAGUCUUGCUAAAACUAUACAACUAUACUAUCAGACCACAGGUAGAAUACUGUGAACAGUUUUGAGCUGCUUAUCUAAGGAAAGACAUGCUGGCAUUGAGGUAAUCCAGCAAAUGUUCACUAGGUGGAUUCUGGGUAUGGAGGAAUUGUCUUAUGAGGAGAGGUUGAGGUCAGUCCUGUACUCAUUGGAGUUUAGAAGAAUGAGAGGGCUACCUUAUUGAAACAUAUAAGAUUCUAAAGAGACUUGAUAGGGUAGAUGCAGAAUGGUUGGUUUCCCUGGAGGGCAUAAUCUCAGAAUAAGGAGAUGCCCUUUUAAUACUGAGAUGAGGAGGAAUUUUUUCUUCUUCCUUCAGAUUAGAGUUAACUUGUGGAAUUCUUUACCACAGAGGGAUGUAGGAGGCUGAGAUAGAUGUUUAAUCAAUUAGGGAAUCAAGAGUUGUGGGGGAAAGGGCAAGAAAGUGGAGCUAAGGAUUAUGAGUUCAGUAGUGAUCUCAUUGAUCUCAAUGGGCUGAAUUGUCUGCUUCUACUCCUACAUCUUGCAUUCUCUGCGUAAAUUAGUCCUUCACAGAUUAUAAUCCAGAAAUUUAAACAUAACCCACUUGUUUCUAUUUCCAAUCUAUUUCUAUAACUGGGGAAAUAAAAGUUACAGCAAAACUUUUACACAGUACUAACAUCCUUGUAAACUGAGGAACAUCCAUUUGUUCCUUGCAUUCUAUACCCUCACCACCUCACUGCCUAUUUAUAUAACAUUCCUUUUAAUACUAUGUGCCUUGAUGUUCAUUACAAGCCUUUUAAGUGGCACCCUAUCAAACAUCCUUUGAAAGUCCAACAUACAACAUUGUCUAUAUUUCCUUAAUCUAUGUAAAUUCUUCAAAUUAGUUCAUUUAAAGUUGAGUGUAUGGCAUGGUUGACAGCUGCUACUAAUCGCAUGUCUUUUUAAUUCUUCAUUCUCAUGUUAUGAAUCCCAGUAUUUUAUCAAUAACUGAGGCAUGGCCAACACGCAUAUAAUUUCCUGCUUUGUCCUAUUUCCAUUAGUUUUAUUUUUCCCUGCUGAUUUAUGUACAGUGAGUCUUUAAAAACUGGCAACUGUUUUUACUAAUGCACAAUCCUGUGAAUGUAACGAAGAAAGAUCAUUGAGUUAAGCACAGUUACUGGAUGAAAUAAUUACAAAUCCUCGUAUUAUUUUGUGCAUUACACUGAAACUGAAAGGUGUACUUGUUUUAUUCAAGUUCUUUUGAUGUUUAAAGUCAUGAAUAGGAUGUAGUUUCUAAUGAGCACAAGGUAGAGUUAAUGGGUUUGGUAUUGUAACACAGAUUUUUUUGAAACAUUCUGAAUACUUAUGAUACUGGACCAGGACACUCUGCUCCAAAGAAUUCUGCCAUAAAAUGAAUUCUAUAAUGUCAUCCUUAUUAACUUGGAUAAUGUAUGUCCAAAAAAUCCUUUGAAUGUUACAAGCCCAGCUUCUGAAAAUGUACUGCUACUGCAGUUACAGCAAUAGCAUGCUCAACUGCAUAUGCAGUACAAUCUUAAAGUGCUGAAAUCUGCUGAGAUAUCCUGUUCCUUUCAUCUAUUAAUUGCCUACUUAACCUCCCAGGAUGAGAGUCCUCUUUAUCUGACUUCUCAGCAAAUUAUAAUGCUGGUUACUUACUCAUUUUCUUCUGAAUGCACUUAAAAACCUUUUACGCUAUUCCUUUCAAUGCUUGUUGAUGUUCUUUCUCCAGGCGUUUUUUUUUAACCCUAACCGUAACCCUACCCUCUUACUUUAGCUUAAUGCCUCCAUCAUUGAGUGACUCAGUGGACUUUAAUAGCCCACUUCCUAGAAGGAAAUCUUUCUGUUCAUGCCCUGGGAAAAAAACUACUCAUCAUGGAUCCUAACCCUUUUUCAUUCCAUGGAGGAUAAGUAUCUAUUUCUGGGUUAUCUCAGUGCACUUCAAAACCCCUUUCAUCUGAACUAUAGGCAAUAACAUUGUGCUUAUGUGGUCUGUGCUUAACACACAGCUUGUAUAGUUUCUUUGUUUUAAUACUGUGCUGACCUGAUCUUGGUGCAUUAAUGUUCCACUCACUAGGUCUGUCACUUUGAUAGUCCCCUCAGCUGGGUAUUAGUGUGGUUUAAUAGUUUGCUUACCUAGUCAGCGCACUUUAAUAAUCUUCUCCCUCUGUCUUCCCUGCACCCUCUCAAUCUCCACCCAAACUUUGGUUUCAGUGUAGUUCAGUACUCUGCUUAAAAACUGAAAGAACUGUGGAUGCUGUAAAUCAGGAACAGAAACAAAAUUGCUGGAAAAGCUCAGCAGGUCUGGCAGCAUCUGUGAAGGAGAAACCAGAGGUAACGUUUUGGGUCUGGUAACCCUUCCUCGGAACUGAGUUUUGGGUCUGGUAACCCUUCCUCGGAACUGAGUUUCGGGUCUGGUAACCCUUCCUCGGAACUGAGUUUCGGGUCUGGUAACCCUUCCUCGGAACUGAGUUUCGGGUCUGGUAACCCUUCCUCGGAACUGAGUUUCGGGUCUGGUAACCCUUCCUCGGAACUGAGUUUCGGGUCUGGUAACCCUUCCUCGGAACUGAGUUUCGGGUCUGGUAACCCUUCCUCGGAACUGAGUUUCGGGUCUGGUAACCCUUCCUCGGAACUGAGUUUCGGGUCUGGUAACCCUUCCUCGGAACUGAGUUUCGGGUCUGGUAACCCUUCCUCGGAACUGAGUUUCGGGUCUGGUAACCCUUCCUCGGAACUGAGUUUCGGGUCUGGUAACCCUUCCUCGGAACUGAGUUUCGGGUCUGGUAACCCUUCCUCGGAACUGAGUUUCGGGUCUGGUAACCCUUCCUCGGAACUGAGUUUCGGGUCUGGUAACCCUUCCUCGGAACUGAGUUUCGGGUCUGGUAACCCUUCCUCGGAACUGAGUUUCGGGUCUGGUAACCCUUCCUCGGAACUGAGUUUCGGGUCUGGUAACCCUUCCUCGGAACUGAGUUUCGGGUCUGGUAACCCUUCCUCGGAACUGAGUUCAGAGGGAGGGUUACCAGACCCGAAAUGUUAACUCUGUUUUCUCCAUCACAGGUACUGUCUGACCUGCUGAGCUUUUCCAGCAUUUUUGUUUUUGUUCACUACACUGCUUACUCGGUCAGCCCACUUUAAUACAGACCACAACCAGUCAGUGCACUUUAAUAAACUUUAGUAUAUCUGGGAGCUGUCAUAAAGCUUUUCCUUCAAGCAGCAAUUUUCUACUUUAUUUGUUGAAACAUGUUUUCUUUCUCCUCUUGCUCCAGUCUAACCAGAGUACACAUCACCCAUCCUGGUGUCAGACAACGCUUUCCUUACCAGAUUGGUUGUAUUUGCUGAAAGAUUAACCCAGACAUAAGUUGUCCUUUGAUUUUAUGCUUCCAGUUAGAUGUCUAACCCAUACUCAGCACUUUGCUGUGCAUUGUUUCUCAGUUAGGGAACUGAAAAGAUUGAUGAUCAAACAAUUUUCUCUUUUUAAAUGGUUUUUGGAUUGCAUUCCUCCCAUCUUACACAGUCUAGCAUCGUUAUCAGAAGUGGACCCAAUAUCUUAUUGAUUCGGUGCUCAUUGGGUAUUUUUGGCAGUUGCCUGAAAGAAAAUGCUCUUCAUGGAAUUGCUUUCUGUAUAUUUUUGAAACAGAUUGUGCUUAUCCUGUCCAACAGUUCAUGACAUGAACAGUUGGCAAGGAACUUCCACAAGUAUUAUUUAAAGGAAUCUUGAACUCCAUUAAAUUAAGUGCCUGAUUAGUUAUUUUACCCCACCACUUUUUUGGCAACAGUUAGGAUGUGAAAAUCCUUUGAAAGAGAGAAUUUGUGGAGCUACUGAACACUUCCCGAAAAUUUUCUUACACUCCCAGACCAGAAGAGGAGUAGAAAGAUGAGACUGCCGAAGGUGAAGGAAACAAUGCAACUUUUUCUGAGGUGGCAGUAGUUCAUCAUCUCGCCCAUGUGGGUGCAAACAAAAAGUAAGGAGAGCGUGUUACAAUUUACCUAGUUUUCUGGAUUCUAGUUCAUUCAUAGACUGCAGAACGUAGGUUUGUGCCCACCACCCACACAUUCCAAAUUGGCUCCGUGUUGGAGCAGGAAUUGCCUCCAUUCACUCAAUGUUCAAUUUAUUUGUAUCACCAACAGCAUUUCAGGCAGGUUUAUGCUUACUUUCCUAUGUUACUUAUUUGUUCCUAUACUGCAGUUCCUAGUUUCCCCCUUAGUUACAAACAGACUAACAAAUAGCAGAGUGCUUUCUGAGGACAAAAGCUAUUUCACAUCUACUGGCUCAUAAUUCCUCUGGGGGCCCCCCGAACACUAAUGUAAAGUGUAGAUUAACUAGAUUGAGAAAACAUUGUCUUGAAACAAUGGGUGGAAUUUAGUGUCUUUUGCAAGUUUUAUGGUGGGUGGAUUAAUUGGUGAAGGGUGGUGGGAGGGGACCGUGCCUCCAAGGUGGAAAAAUCUAUGGACAGCCUUUUGAUCCUGCUAACAGUUGAGGCCUUUAAAUAUGAACUAGGAGCAAGAGUUGGUCAUGCAGCCCUUUGGGCUUGCUCUGCCAUUUGAUAAAAUUGUGCCUGAUCUAAUUGUGUCUCCAAAUUAAGAAGAGCUUGAGGUUAAGGGACCGGAAGAUGUAGAGCACGAUUCAGUAGAGCUGCAACUUGACAACUCUUAAGGCAGAAAUUAUUGAUGAGAUUCUUCUGACCUAUGUUCCCCUCUGCCAAGCACUAACAUUUCCCCCUCCCAUCUGAUCCAAAGCUGACACAGCCAUGACCCUUAAACUGUGAGCCUUCAUAGGUGCUACAUGAGGAUUACAACGAUCAACAGCAAACUAAAGAAAUUGUAUUUUGCUGUUCCAAAAGACUCCAGCCUUAAUUUGACAAAUGGUUACAUGAUUGCCUGUUUAAAGAUGUAUGCCUAUUUGAAGGCUCAUUUAAAAGUAAAGUGUCUGACUUCUGUGCUUGCUUAUCUAUUCUAGAACUUUUAUGAAAUAUUUCCUUGUGGCAGAUUGAGAGGUGAGACUGCUGAACUUGCAUUGAGGCCAUUUGAAAUAGCUGUUAUAGAUGAGAAGUUCUGGGUGUUAAUGGGUCAACUUUCAACAGCUGGAACUCAGCUUCGCACCUGUGUGUCUUUUCUAUUUGUUUGGCAGCGACAAAUGAACUGGUUGAGGGGUCAGGUGUGUUGAGAUAAGGCAGAAUGUACCUUCCAUGUUGCUAAUACCACUAGUGGGGCUAACUCCUGGCACUGUCACUUUGGUGCAAGUUCGGAGUGUAUAUUUUGUGAGGUUUGGGAUUCAAGUGAGAAAAGUAAAAAAAAAAGGUGGAAAACCCUGCAGGACUUGUCCUUCAAUCUUUCCAAAAGUAAUGUUCCUGGCAUUGCCUGCAGUGUGGAGAAUACUACAUAAGAUGCAGCCCUCCUCCUUUUGUGUGCAAGGUUUGUGUCUGAACAUUUGUGAGAAAGUGCAUACUGGGUAGAACAAUGUUGUUUUGUGUUAAAAUGGCAACUCUGAGGAGAUGAGUGUUCUAAUGGUGAUGGGAAUAUCAACUGUAGAAUGCUGCAGUAGGAGCGGAAGAAUCAUAAUGUGUGGAGAGAAAUAGGGAGUGCAGUGGGUCCAGAAGUAAUGCAAGAAUAAGCAAAGAAUAUUGAGAGAUAUGAAGUAGGAGGCAUUUCUUUACUAGCCAUGGGAUGUCAGUGCACCUUUGUCCUAGGAACACCAACUAUGCACAAAUAUUUAAAUGAAUUAAGGGGACCAAUUAUGUCCAUGUGAUUGAGUACUUCCUUCCAUGCAAAAUCCAUUCUGUGACUGCAGAUGGUCUUAAAAUCAGUUUCUGGUCGACCACAUCUAAAAUAUUUUCAAUAACUUCAAGAUCCUCAGUCCUAGAACAGUGUGGGCAGUGAUAAAUAGAAAUGAAUAUUAGGUUAUUGCUAAGCACUUAAUAUCAGCCAGGACAAGGCAGGGUUCAGUGGUAGUUCCAUACCUUUGUACCAAGAGGCCCAUAGACUUCAAGCUAAGAAAACCUUUAAGCAAAAUAAUGGCCAGGUCAAGCCAUGAAUUUCACUAGCAAUAGGUUGAAAAUGAUGGCAAAACGAAGGUUGGAGCUAGGGUGGUUGGAAGAUUUAAAAACUUCUUUCACUUUAAAGGAGCAGAAUUUUUUGAUGGGCUGGGUCUUUUUUAGUGCUAAUGAGCCUAUCUUCCUGUGCAGUGACCUGCUGCUACUCCACCCUUUUUUUCCAGCUAUUCAGAAAACCAAAGAAACCAAUGUCUGUGAAGUCAAUCAGAAGUUCAAUAAUUUACCUUCACAGACCAUUUGAUAUGACUGAAAUGAGAUCAGCUGCUUCUGCUCCAUUUUACAAUGUGUAAGUGUAGCUAAUAGAUAGAAGGGAUACAAUUUAGAACACUUGACAUUAUCCUCGCUAAUUCUUGGAUUAGCUUGAUCAAGUAGCGACAUAGUUGCCCAUUUGCACCUUUCCCAAAUAUGGAAUUUUGAGUCCAACAUCUGUAAUGCACUCAAACUGUAUGAGAUAAACUCAAAUUUGUUUCUAAAGAGUUAGAAUAAGUCUAGAAGUUCCAAAAUAGAGAUGUUAUUUCUGAGGAAAGGAGAUAUUCUUGUAGACUAGUAGGGGUUCGGAUAACUCAAUUGGCUAGACACCUGGUUUGAAAUGUGGAGUGUUGCCAACAUCCUGGGUUGUCAUCAGUUCUUGCACUGCCUAAGGUUACCAUGAAAGUCCCAAUCUCAACCUAGCCUUUGCCUGUGGUGUUGUGAACCUUACAUUAAACCACCACCAGUCAUCUCUCUCUCUCUCUAAUGAGUCCUCUGGAGCUAUGGCAACUUUACAUUGUAGACUGCAUUUCUGAAAAAACGUCAGAUAUAAUUCAGGAAAUUGUAGUCCAUUUAGGCGAUAUUGUCAAUUCAUCUAUUUUCUGUGUCCCACAGUCUUUGUUUCACUCAAUUCCCUAAGAUUUUCACUGCUAGAUAUUUGUUAAGUUGCUGUCCUUAUUAAUAUCUGUUCAUCUUUUUGUUAAUAUUGUGUAGAAAAGGUGUGAUUCAGUGUUUAAUGUCCAAUUAUUUUACCUUAAGCAAAUAUUGGGAAAAGAUAAUGAAUGCGAUUCACUUCAAGACUGUUAUUUUCUUUUCAAUCAAUAUUAAAUUAAACAUUAUUAGUAGUGAUCAGAUUAAAUGUUACUAAAUCUUCAUAGGUAUUUGUUCAAAAGGAAAUAACUUCCUCCAGUAGUUGAAUGCAUAAAUGUGCUCUGCAUCACACAAAUAAUGAAGGAUCUUUUCAUGUGUUUAGCCCUGGAUGCAAUUUGGAGCAGUAAACCUAGAAUUGCCUAGGGAUGAAGCCAACAUCUCUUUUGUUGCAUGGCUCAGUUUCACACUAAAAUCAUAAGAUAACAUAGAACAUUACAGCACGGUACAGGCCCUUCGGCCCUCGAUGUUGUGCCGACCUGUCAUACCCAUCUGAAGCCCAUCUAACCUACACUAUUCCAUGUACGUCCAUAUGCUUAUCCAGUGACGACUUAAAUGUACCUAAAGUUGGCGAAUCUACUACCUUAUAGUAUGGUCCAGGUGAGGGUCUUUCGGCUCUUUCAAAUAGUAUUCCACUUAGUCCUACUGACAGGCUGUUUUCCCAUAUCUCUACAAUUUUAAUGCCUUGCAGUAUUUAGCCAAUUCCCCUUUGAAAGCUACUUUUGAACCUGUUUCAUUACAAAUUUACCUACCCAUUGUAUAAAAAAAAAUCAUGUUGCCUGUUGCUUUCCCAAAUACUUUAAAUCUGUGCCUUCUGGAUUUUGAGCAGAGAUAAUGGGAACUGCAAAUGCUGGAGAAUCCAAGGUAACAAAGUGUGGGGCUGGAUGAACACAGCAGGCCAAGCAGCAUCUUAGAAGCACAAAAGCUGACAUUUUGAGCCUAGGCCCAAAACGUCAGCUUUUGUGCUCCUGGAUUUUGAUCUUUUAGCUCUAUUUUAUGCACUUUUUAAGUCUCUGUCUAAGUUCUUAGCCUUGCUCCUUACUACAAGGAGAACAACUCCAACUUUUCCAGCCUGUACAAGUAACUGUAAUCUUGUUCCAGGAGCAAUUCUGGUAAACCUCUUUCAUACUGUCACCAAAGCCUUCAUGCACUUCCUAAAGUGUGGUGCUCAGAAUUGGACACACUAUUCUUGCUACUGCAUAAUUGAUAUUUUGGAUAGGUUUGGCAUAACUUCUGGUCUUUUGUAAAUUUGGCUUCCAAAAGGCUCAGGGUACUAGAGUUCUUGAUUAACUUUUUUUUAAACCUGUCCUUUCACCUUCAAAGAUUUAUGCAUAACUUCCCUCAGAUUUCUGAUUUUUGCACCCUUUUUAAAGUUGAACUAUUUCACAUGUAUUGUCUGUCCUCAUUCUUUCACCAAAAUUAGCCGUGCCCUAGUUAAAUAUUUUUAUCCUAGACUGUUUCUUCUCCUUCAUCAGAACUCAUUUAACCUUUAUAAUGCUAUGCUCAUGAUUCUCAAGAAACAAGUUCACUGGAACUUUUCCACUUGACCCACUUGAAUUCCCCAGAACUAGAUCCAGCAAUACCAGCUUUCUGUGUUUAACAGGAACCACACUGAUUAAUGCACUUUGGACCUGCCUUCUCUUCGCUUUUGUAAAUACAAUUUUUAUCCCAUUUAAUAUUUGGGUUGUUUAAGUCUACCGUUGUCAGUUCAGCAAAAAUAAGUUGCAUUUAUAUAGCACUCUUGAAGUAUACGAUUCUUGCCUAUUUCAAUUUCCUUGCAAAUGUUCUUUUCUAUCUCCUUCAUACUGAAUAUUUGUGGCUCAUAAAAUACCCUUAGUAACAUUUAUGGGUACCAGGUUGGAAAAUAAAAUUAGUGUAGAAGUUAUGCCAUAAUCUUACUGAAUGGUGGAGCAGACGAGGCCAUGCUAUUACUUUACUUUCUUAACAGCUCGUCUAUUUUUUUCUUGCCUCCAAGCAAAUGAAUUUUAUCGUAAACACUGUUUCUUUCUCACACUGUAAUAUUUUUCAUUAUAGAAACUGCUAUCAAAGCAGUCUGUUCAUGAUUCAACAUUUUUGGAAACUAAUUCCUUUUAAAAAAUGCAUUCUGUGAGCAGAGUUUAGUCUGAACUUUUAUUGAGUAUUUUAUCUAUGAUUAAUUGACAAUAAAAUAGUUGUGCAGCCGUAAAUUUCACAGAUGAUUGCCAUCUCUUGAAUAUGAUGUAACGAUAGAGUCAUUUGAAUUAAGAAACCUUUCAAAGUGUCUAUUAAAUAAUUUCCCUUUAAACUAAUCAGUUAAGCAAAAUCUUGAGCCCGUAAUAUUAUUUUUUAAAAUAUGGAAAUCAUGUAUAGAUUUCUGUCAUCUUAUACCAUUACUUCAGUAACAAGUUCCAUUGACCCAGACUGAUAUAUUGAUAUGUCAGAAUAAUUGCUGACCAAACAAGUGCAUGUAUUGAUUUGUUGAUAUCAGUAAUAAUUGUUGUUUGUGUGCAUUUUGCAUUGAUUCCUUAAAUGUAAGAUCCACGACUGGUUAAUGUUUACAUAGUAAAGAAUAAGCAAUAAUCUAAAGCACAUGGAAUGCAUUUUCAUAGCUAUGAGGCAUGCAAAGCAGAAAGAUUGACAUAGUUUCCUUUUAGCAGCAAUUAUUUUGCUAUUAACAUUUGGGGUUAAGAGUCCAGUUGUCCCCCAAUCACUUCACAUUUUAGGUUUCAUAAUACAGUCUCCAGCAAGCUGACAUAUAUUAAAUUUAAAUCCAUUGCGCUUGAUUCCAAUAGAAAUAUCUAUAAGCUACAAUUGUUGGAACCUUUUUGCUUUGGAUUAUAUGUUUACAGCAUCUGAAUCAAGUGUGCAUGGGAUUUGUAUUAGUGCGGUGUCACCUUAGCAAUGUGUACGUCAUUCAGUUCUUUUUGAGAUAUGCCUUGUUAAAAUCUGCACUUGUCAAGUGCUGCCAUGUUAAGAAUAUUGUCUGCUGGUUGAGUCAUUGUUAAAUAAAGUGAUUCUGUUAUGGAAUAGUAUAUCUUUAUUGUAUAAUUCACAUAUUAUACACAGCCAGUAUAUUCUCUUAAGAAAAGCAACAGGCUAUACAAAGACCAAUUUCAUUUUAAUAUCCUGAUAAUUAGCAAAAGGUUUUUGCACUAGUUUACUGAUACAAUUUGUUGUACAGUUCUGAAGACUGAUUGCAAUACAGUGCAUACAAACUGAAUUAUGUGAUUUAUACAGUUAAGGAAAUUACUAACUAUAAUUUUGCAAAGUGCAAGAUGGAGGAGUUGAAUGAACUGAAGAAAUUGAUUUCUAUUUGAUUGCUGCAACAUUUUUUGUUGUGCGACCUUUACAUUUCUUGGGCAUACUUAUGUUAUUUUCCCUUAAGACUACAUAUAUACAGUUUGCUUUUGGAUUUGAAUUGAAAAAUUUGUGAUUUCAUUUUAUCUUAAAAUUGUAAUGGAAGCUACCCUGCAAGAUUGCAGUUACACAAUGGAUGCAAAACUGACGUGAACUUUUUCUAGUGGUUUAAUAUAUGUAAUUUUUUCAAGUCAUCAAAAACCAAAAUAUGUAAUAAAUUUGGUAUAUUUAACUAAUAUCCUUUAUAAUUAAAGAUUGAUAUAUUAUCACCUGUGUAAUCAAACUCUGUUCUGGUAUCCGAUAAUUGCAUAUUUUUAUUUGUGAUUCUUUAUUUUCU